GCAUUCGCGUAGAAAAUUUACCAGCUGGAAUUCUUGUCAUCCCACUUCUUGUUCAGAUAACGUGCAUCCGUGGCCGUUUUAUGAGCUGUAAAAUUUCGAUCCCCGAAUCCGUUUAAUCAGCCAAGUGAAGCCACAGUAAAGAUGAAUGUAAUCCGUGCAAUACAAUUGUAUAUCGAUAAAAUGAUCAGUGAUGCCGGCCCGGGCAUGAAGAUGCUCAUGAUGGAUCGUGAAACGAUCAGUAUUGUAUCGAUGGCCUUUGCGCAGUCGGAAAUGCUGCAAAAGGAGGUGUUCCUAUUCGAACGAAUCGACUCUGCUCGAUCGAAUGAACGACUCAAGUACCUAAAGUGUAUCGUGUUCAUCCGCCCGACGAGGGAUAAUGUGUUGAGGUUGCAACGGGAACUGCGGAGCCCCAAAUAUGGCUCUUACUAUAUCAAUUUCAGUAACAUUAUCCCCCGAACGGACAUUAAAGCCCUGGCCGAAAGCGACGAAAGUGAAUCGGUGCGUGAGGUAAAGGAAAUCUACGCCGACUAUCUGCCGGUAAAUCCGAACCUCUUCUCGCUGCACAUUCCCACCUGCCUGCAGGCCCUCAACUGGAACCCGGAGGCACUGGAACGGUCGACGCAGGGUUUAGUGAGCAUACUGCUAUCGUUUAAAUUUCGUCCCGCCAUACGUUACCGGGCUGGCUCGAACGUGGCACAAACGCUCGCAAAGAAGGUACACGAAACAAUCAACAAAGAGACCGCGCUUUUUAGCUUCCGACCGCCAGAGGACGGUGCUGCCCCACCGCUACUGCUCAUACUGGACCGCCGAGAUGAUCCAAUCACACCACUGCUCAACCAGUGGACCUACCAGGCGAUGGUACACGAAUUGCUUACGAUCAACAAACAGCGGGUUGACCUGUCGGGUGUAUCCGGGGUCCCGAAGGACCUGAAGGAAGUGGUGCUCUCGACGGAGCAGGACGAAUUCUAUGCCAAUAACUUGUACGCAAACUUUGGUGAGAUCGCCACCACGAUCAAGGUUUUGAUGGACGAAUUUCAGAAGAAAGCGCACGAUCAGCGCAAGAUCGAAAGCAUUGCAGAUAUGAAAAAUUUUGUCGAAACAUACCCCCAGUUUCGCAAAAUGUCCGGCACAGUUACGAAACAUCUGGUACUGAUCAGUGAGCUAUCGGUGCAGGUUGGCCGUCAGCAGCUUUUUGAAGUGUCCGAGCUGGAACAGGAAAUUGCCUGCCGUGCGGACCAUUCGACGCAGUUGCAGCGGGUGAAGAAGCUGGUCGCAGAAGGGAAGCUGGGUGCAGCAAAUGCGCUCCGGUUGGUGCUGCUCUACGCCAUGCGGUACGAGCGGCAUGCAAACUGCGACACAUCAGGUUUACUAAAGCUCCUGCUAGAUCGUGGUGGACGGUCGCACAUCGUACCGCGAAUGCUCGAGUACAUAAGUACCGUUGCACGACAGGAACUUUUCAACACGGUCAAGAUAACGGAUGCGGUAAAGUUGACCCGCAAUCUAAUUAAAGAGCUAAAAGGCGUGGAGAAUGUUUAUGCACAGCACGAGUGCGUGCUCAAGGGAACGCUCGAGGAAGUCAUCAAAGGAAGACCGCUCGAUGCGCAGUAUCCGAUCAUGGGGAAUGAGGUACCGUUCCGUCGGCCGCCGGCCGAGGUGAUCGUUUUUAUUGUCGGUGGAGCCACGUACGAAGAGGCAUUGGCCGUGCAUCGAUACAACCAGGAGGGCUGCCGCAUCGUCCUCGGUGGAACGACGAUCCACAACUCGGGGUCGUUCAUUGAGGAAGUGCUGGCCGCCACUGCUGGCGUACCGUUUAAGCAUUCGCGCUCGUUGCAACAGUUCCAUCAGGCUCCACCUGGCACAGCCUAGGAGGAAUAUC